CGCUCUUUCGUGGCAGUGCAAGGGUGUGCGUUCCUCUCAGGAGAGCGACGUCUCCGUGCGUGUAGCCCCCGGACCGCGGCCCCGCGCUGUGGCUCCUUCCACCCACUCAGGCGGGGUGGGACGCCCCGGGGUCCUUGCGUUAGUGUUGAGUGGCGCUUCCGGUUUCCUGUCCCCCUCUCAGCAAUCGCUGCCUGGGGGGGGGGUUUCGGAGGAGGGUCGCGCAAGGGAGCGGAACCGAGGGGCCCGGGCCGGGCCGGGCUGGGCAUGAGGAGCCUGGCCGCUUCCCCGCACAGUACCAGGCAUCUGCCACUGUUGGAAGACCGGAUACUGGACCCAUUGGUCUGACCCAAUGGUCAGACCCUUCUUACGUCAUUUAAUCUCUUUCACCAUAAUUUAAUUUAAUAUUUUGGACAAGAACAACAACAAUGAUGUCAAAACAAGCCUUCCUCUGCAGUUUGGGCUCUCUCUAUUUGUCCCUCCUGUUUGUGUUCCUGCUGAUGGAUGUCUAUGCCAGGCCUGCAAAUAAUUCUGCCUUAAAAGAGAAAGCGGUUGAUGACAAAGAUGAGAAUGAGAUCCUACCCCCAGACCACCUGAAUGGGGUCAAAAUGGAGAUGGAUGGACAUCUUAACAAGGAGUUUCAUCAAGAGGUUUUUCUAGGAAAGGAGAUGGAAGAGUUUGAUGAAGAUUCUGAACCAAGAAGGAACAGAAGGAAGCUUAUGGCCAUAUUUUCAAAGGUAGAUAUUAAUAGGGACAAAAAAAUAAGCGCUAAAGAGAUGCAGCGUUGGAUCAUGGAGAAGACAGAAGAGCAUUUCCAGGAAGCUGUGGAAGAGAACAAAAUGCAUUUCCGAGCUGUGGACCCUGAUGGUGAUGGCCAUGUGUCUUGGGACGAGUAUAAAAUAAAGUUUUUGGCAAGCAAGGGCUUUAAUGAAAAAGAGAUUGCAGAGAAGAUGAAAAACAACGAAGAGCUAAAAAUUGAUGAAGAAACACAGGAAGUUUUAGAUAACCUGAAAGACCGUUGGUACCAAGCUGACAAUCCACCUGCUGACCUGUUACUGAAUGAGGAAGAGUUCUUGUCUUUUCUUCAUCCGGAGCAUAGUAGGGGGAUGCUGAAGUUUAUGGUCAAAGAAAUCAUCCGUGAUCUAGAUCAAGAUGGAGAUAAGAAACUCACCCUUUCAGAGUUCAUUUCCUUGCCUGUUGGUACAGUAGAGAACCAGCAAGCUCAGGAUAUUGAUGAUGAUUGGGUGAAAGAUAGAAAGAAGGAAUUUGAGGAAGUGAUUGAUGCCAACCAUGAUGGCAUUGUCACCAUGGAAGAGCUGGAGGAAUACAUGGAUCCUAUGAAUGAGUACAAUGCCUUAAAUGAAGCCAAGCAGAUGAUAGCUGUGGCAGAUGAGAAUCAGAACCAUCACUUGGAGCUGGAGGAGAUCCUGAAAUACAGCGAAUACUUCACUGGCAGCAAGCUUAUGGACUACGCACGUAAUGUUCAUGAGGAGUUCUGAUCAUGCUCAUCUCUGCAGAGCUCUGAAGCACCUUCUUGCUUUCCAAAAACAAAAAGAAAGUUACCUUGCUGCUAUAUGUGUUGUGUGUGUAUGAUGUGUUGUCCUAGACUUAAAA